UGGUAUAGUUUUUGUUUUGAAAUAGCUGAAGUAAGUCGACAAUUUCGAUUGCUCUUCGUCCCAUAGUGAAAUUUUAUCUAAAUGGCCAAUUAUACCAACACCCAAAAACCACCACUACCAAACAACGAUUUUUCAUUCGCACAAGGAUAUAAUGCAUCGUCAACAGCGCCAAUUACGAUUCCGGUGGAUCAUUAUCCCCAUCCAGACAAUAACAAUCAAUUUUCAACAACUAUAACUGCAGUGCCAUCACAACAAAAUUCAAAUCCGCAUGGUUGGAUGACAAUUCCGAUAGGAAUACCAAAUUGCCCACCAGGUCUUGAAUAUUUGACGCUGAUUGAUCAAUUAUUGAUUAAACAAAAGAUUCGUCUAUUGGAAGUGUUUACCGGCUUCGAGCAAAACAAUAAGUUCGAAGUGAAAAAUGCACUCGGUCAAAAUAUUUACUGGGCCAUUGAAAACAAUGAUUGUUGUACGCGUAACUGCUUCGGGUCCAUUCGUCCUUAUGAGAUGAAGGUGUUGGAUAUUCAUCAAAAUGAAAUCAUUCAUUUUUAUCGUCCGUUGGCUUGUUCGAGUUGUUGUUUUCCAUGUUGUUUGCAAUCGAUCGAAGUAUCAGCUCCACCCGGUCAGGUGAUUGGACACAUUAAACAGGAAUGGACCUUGUGCUAUCCACAUUACUCGAUCAAAAACCAUAUGGGGGAAACAGUUUUGCGAAUCGAAGGUCCACUUUGUACAUUUUCUUGUGGUGGCGAUGUUGAUUUUAAUAUCCUUUCGUUGGAUGGAACAAAAGUCGGCAAAAUAUCAAAACAAUGGUCUGGUUUAGCUCGAGAAUUGUUCAUAGACACCGAUUACUUUGGUAUUAAUUUCCCAAUGGAUUUGGAUGUUCGAAUGAAAGCCGUUAUGCUUGGUGCCUGCAUGUUAAUUAAUUCAAUGUUUUACGAAAGAGAUAGAAAUCGCAAUUCUUCAAGCGAUAACUAAUUGGAUUGCGACAUUUAUUUAAAUUGAUUCUAUUCAAUUGAAAAUUACUUGAAAUUGUAUAUCAUAUGGCGUAAUAAAAACGUUUUCAAAUAAA